GAGCAUAGUAUUGUGAGGGAGCAGGACAGCAGCAAUGCACACGGUGCACCGGAAAUCGAUACCGUCACGGAGGAGAUCACGCUACCGAAAGGUGCUAGCUGGAAUUUCACCUGUAAGUCGCACCAUCCGAUCAUGUGGAAGCAUUAUGCCGCAUCGUACGAUUGGGAACCGAUGAAUGUAUUCCCGCAAGAGUUCACGACGGACGAUCCGGACAAACCGUACGGAAGUGUACUGAUGCUAACGGACGCAUCCGCCGAUCAGGUCGGACGGUACUACUGUGUCGAUCGUAAGCUGUACGACGAGAAGCAUGGCACGAGACACGAAGAGGAUGUUGCCGAGGAGGAAGAGGAAGAUCCACACAGGACGCUUGAGGAUGAAAUGCUGGAUGAAAUGGUCGCCGAAUAUGCAGCGUCCGCCGUUUACGUGUAUGUGGACGAUCCGGAAAAUCCGCUCGUUCCGGUACACACGCCUGUGUUUCGGGUGGAGCAGUACCAGGACUUUAUCAUUCCGUGCAAACCGACGCACCCGAGCGUUGAGGUGGAACUGUACAAGGAUCUGGAAGGGGAUUUGGUUGAAGAGUAUCAGUACAGUAAUACCCAAGGAUAUCUGCUAAGCUUUAACAGGCUGGAGGACGGUGGUUCCUACUACUGCCAGGUGAAAGAUAAACCCCACCAUCGCAUACACUUCGAAAUAGCGAUCGACGAACACUCAUUAUCCGAGUACUUGCCGAAACCGGCGAUCCAUAGCGAUACGAAAGAUCACGUACUGAUCGGUCAACGGAUCCGUCUGGUGUGUAAGCUAAACAUCCGAGCCGGUGUCCCGCUCGAUAUGACAUGGAUGGUUCCACCGAACCUAAAGCCUGCCGUAGCAGACGCGAGAACAAAGAUUGGACCACUCAAGGUAAAACCGAUCAAAGAAGCCGAACAUCGGGAAAUAGCGACACGAGAGCUGAUCAUCGAACAGGCCACUCUUGCCGACGAUGGCACGUACCGUUGCGUGGUGCAGGAUAUGAAAAAUCAUCGCAACUAUCACAGCUUUAAGAUGCAGGUGCGCGACUCCCAGCAGGACUAUGUGCUGCUGAACGAGGAAAACAAUCUGUCGGAGAUUAAUGUGCGGCGCAAUGCGAACGGUAAAACUCCAUCGAUCGAUAUUGUGAUCGAGUAUCGAUCGUAUCCGGCCAACAUAACGUACUACUGGCUGAUGGAUGAUGAUGAGAUAACGGCCGGUCAGGAUGGGAAGUACGAGCUGUCCCAUAGCGAUACACAUGUUAAGCUGAGGAUCAAUGAUCCGAAGGUGUUCGAUACGGGGAACUAUACGGUGUUUGUGAUGGCGGGAAAUGCGGAAAAAUCCUACCGAAUGGCAGUGCAUGUUUAUGCUAAACCUAUUCUGCACAUGGAGAGCAAGUUCGUGAAACCGGGCGAAGAGGUAUCGUUCCAAUGUAGAAGCAUUGGUUAUCCUCGGCCAGAUAUAUCGUUCGCUUUUCUCCCCUGUUUGGGAGUUCCGUGGACAAAUUGUUCUAUCGCUUCGUCGAAGGAUACCAAUUGGGACUCCUCGAGCCCGGAUAUCGGUUCGGAGCCGUCAGCAAGAUCGCUUCCCGGUGGAAAACGUGAAACUCAAAUAACCAAGUCACGGGUCUACACCAUAAUCCCCAAGCAGCCGGGCGUGGUGUACUGCAAAGCGAUCAACACCGAGGGCAGUGAAGUUACGCAGGCCGAUCUUCUCAUCAGUGAUCUGACCGAUUCGAUAACGCUGGAAAAAGAACAACCAAAAGAAACGAUCACUGUUGGCGAUCACGUCACGAUCGUUUGUUCUGCGCUCGUGUACAAUCAUACGAAAAACAUUGCCUUCGUUCUGAACGACCAAGAGCUACAGGAAGCGGACGGGGUGCGUCUAAGCUAUUCGAAAACGCUUUACGCUUGGCAAGCACAUCUCGACAUAAAGCACAUUACAGUUGAGCAGGAAGGUACUUUAUACUGUCGUGUAAAAACCAUGCUGGACACGGUCGAAACUCGAGCCUUCCACAUGGAAGUGUUGGAACCGGUCGCACCGAUGCUUGUAUCGGGCAAGAUUAAUCAAAGUCUUUCGGUCGAUUUGCACGAUCCUUUGAAGCUGGAAUGUGACGUAAUUGGAACGCCAGAUCCGAAGAUUGUUUGGCUAAAGGAUGGCGUGCCGGUACAGCCGGAUGAAAACAGCAACCGUAUGCAGCUGACGAAGACGACGCUCAUCUUGGAGUAUCUGAAGAUGGAAGAUCUUGGCAUGUUUGAGUGCCGGGCGGAAAACAAAAUGGGCUCGAUCGAGAAGUACUGGAAGGUGGAUGUACGAACUACCGUGGUACGAAAAUCACUCAUCUACGUAAUACUGGGUCUGUUUCUGGCACUGAUCAUUGCGAUCGUACUAGUUUCACUCUUCUACUGCAAGAAAAAGAAGGAAGUGAAAGCGAUGAAGGAAGCGGGCAUAGUGAACUUCGAGGAAGGUAACCUGGGCGUAUACAAUCCCGAUCUGGCACUGGAUGAGCAGGCCGAUCUCUUACCGUACAACACGGAGUACGAGUUCCCGAAAGAUCGUCUGAAACUGGGCAAACAGCUCGGAACGGGUGCGUUCGGUGUGGUGAUGAAAGCUACUGCCACGCGCAUUAUGGUUAACGAGGACGAAACUACCGUUGCGGUAAAGAUGGUCAAAAAACAGACGGACAACGAAGUGAUGCGGGCGCUCAUAUCGGAGCUUAAAAUUAUGGUCCACUUGGGACAGCAUCUCAAUGUGGUGAAUCUGCUGGGAGCGGUUACGAAAAACAUUGCUAAACGUGAAUUGAUGGUCAUCGUUGAGUACUGCAGGUUUGGUAAUGUACAAAACUUCCUGUUAAAGCAUCGGCCCUAUUUCAUCGAUCAAAUCAACCAAGAAACGGGUGAGAUCGAUUCGUCGAUCGACAAGAAUCAGUUACGAUGGUCUAAGUGUGGUUACCAGUAUAAUAGUCAGGGCUUGAAAUAUGUAAAUCUCUCAUUCUCCACCAACAACGUAAACCAUCAUCCCCUUCAACAUCCGACUGCUUUCUACCACAAUCACAUCGACAGCGGCUCAACGCAGUACGUUGACCCGAAGAAGCAUCUCAACUCGAAGGGAUACGUGCGCCAUUCCGGACUGCAGAACAUGGGUAUGGUGGACAGUUGCAACACCGAAGUGACAGCCAUGACAUCGGUCGAAGUGGAAGAUCUGAACACGGUCAACUCGAAUGAACCACUGUGGCGUUCAAACUACGGCAUGGAUUACAAGGGUCCGGCGCGAUCCGUCAACACGACCGAUCUCGUGUGCUGGGCGUCUCAAAUCGCUAGCGGAAUGGAGUAUCUAGCCUCACGGAAGGUACUGCACGGAGAUCUUGCAGCACGAAACAUUCUACUGUGCGAUGAUAAUGUGGUCAAGAUUUGUGAUUUUGGAUUGGCCCGAUCGAUGUACAAGAGUGACAACUACAAGAAGAAGGGUGAAGCGCCACUUCCGUUCAAGUGGCUAGCGCUGGAGUGCAUUAGCGAUAAUGUGUUUAGCACGUACUCGGAUGUGUGGGCCUAUGGAAUCGUCCUGUGGGAACUGUUUUCACUGGGCAAAGUACCGUACCCGGGAAUGGAAGCUAACCAGGAGCUGUACAACAAGUUGCGCGAUGGUUACCGGAUGGAUAAGCCACAAUACUCGAACCAAGAUAUUUAUGACAUUAUGCUAAACUGCUGGAACGUAAAGCCCGACUCGAGACCAUCGUUCAAGGAUCUGAAGAGCAGAUUUAACGCUAUGCUUCCGGAUGAAAUGCGAGAUCAUUAUCUGGAACUAAACGAGCCAUACCUACAGAUGAAUGCCGAAAAGGUAGAGCGAGGCGACACGGACUAUCUAGCCAAUCUAGGUCCUCCCGAAGAGCCUGCUCCUGCUGCGCCAAACUAUGUCAAUGGAAUCAUUUUACCUCUUCCACCGAUUUCAGAGAUUCGUAACGAUAAAGACUACCUAAAGAUGUCCCGCACAAAGUCCGAAUCGGAAGAGAGCAAUUUCGAUUUUGCCUCGUUCAACAGCGAUCGACAUUCGCCAACCACACGCAACAAUCUCGAUACUAGUCCGCCCAACGGCAGCAAACGGCACAAGAAGCGUGGCCUGCCGGAAGAAAUACCCAUGCUCGACGGUAGCCGGCUUUCCUACCCUACCAAUGGGUUCAAUUCCGAUUCCGAAACGGAACCGGUCAGUCCGAAGCCCCGAGAACGCACAAGCAAGCACAAUCCCGAGCCGGAGUAUAUGAAUGUGAAGAAUGCGAAGUUUGCUGGACGGUCAUCGAAUGAUGAGCUGGGACCGCCGGGUAUCACACAGGAAGCGAUUAGCAAUCCGGGCUACAUUGCGCUGAGUAUGGUGGAUGAGAAGCGCUGCUAGUACUAU